AUGAGUUGGGGACUUCGUCCGGAAGGAUAUGGAGAACCUUUCUACGAUGCCAUGGUCAAGGAGUUAGGGCACGAAGGUUUGAUUAACUACUGGUACAGUAUUCCAGGUGAUAGUUUUGAUAGUGGCCUAGUUAAGCUGAGUGAGGAUACAGAUGUCUCAGACAUGCUAGUAUUUGUGCCAGACACUAGGGUGAUAAAUAUAUUCCUAGAACAUGUCUUGGCAUGCAGUCAAGAGCAGUUUUACAGUCAAGUGGUGGGUGGGGAAGUAUACCAGGCAAAGAAACUGCCACUGGUGAAUAAUGAGGAGAAUUUUGACAAGGGCCAAGAAAAGCCAAGUCAAGGUUGUUCUGAUAAAGGCAAAGGCAAGGAUAAAGACAUGUCACAUAAGGUGAAGCAUACAUUUGGUAAAAAAAGAUGCGGCAGUUUGAGGAGGACAAAGACUAUUCACCAUAAAUCAAAGUUGUGGAAGGAAGGGUUGAUGGCGUCAGGACCGAGUUUCAAAGGCAUUCCAUGA